AUGCGCCUCACCAGUAUCGCCGUCUUCUUGCAAAGCGCGAGCUUCUUCGUUUCAACAUUCGCUGCCUUCAUUACGGGCCAUAUAUGGGAGGGACAUAAAGGAUUUAAUUGCGACGGUCGCAAAAUCUAUUACAAUGAAUACAAUCAAGCAGAAAAAUCCGAAUUAUCCGGUCCAGUUAAUUAUUUGGGCUGGAAGAUGAUUAAUGUUUACCACAGCCGAUUGUCUGACCAAGAAGAUAAUAGAACGGUUGCCUUCCAAGGCAGUUAUGAUGGUGUCAAUCGUUUUUUCGAGCUUAUAAGAUUAACGCAGAGACAGGAUAUUUACGACGGCUAUUUUCUUAAUUCUUACAUACUUGUCACUAACGUAAAUAAUCAAGCGAAUGCUAUGAUAAAGAGGUCGAUAUAUUACAGAAACAACCAUCCCACCGAGCCUAGGCCAGAAGGAUUGUACACGAUGUGCGAAAUCACGACUUGA